UCCUCCGCCCCCUCCCCCCCAGCCCGACCCAUCUCGGGCUUUGCCGCAGCAGCAGCCGCCGGAGCAGCAGCAGCAGGAGCAGCAGCAGUAGCCGCCGCCGCGGCCCCAGCACCAGCCCAGGCGGCGCGCGCCCCCAGCGGGCCCGGGAAAAGGCGCGCGCGCUCGCUCCCCAGUUGGCGCGCGCCGGCGCCCCCUGGCGGCCGGAGGGGGCAGCGCGGAGCCCGGCGGAGGCGAGCUCGCAAGGAGGGAGGGCUUCGUCACCGGGUCCUCCGGGAGCCCAGCUAGCCAGCCCAGAGGCGCAGCCAGGCAGCCCGGCGGCCAGGCGGGCAUGUGGGCGGGAGAGGCGGCCGGCCAGGUGUAGACGCGCCCGCCCGCCUGCCGCCCGCCGCCCACGCAGCCGCCGCAGCCCCAGCCGCGCGGCGGCGGCGCGCCCGCUCCGCCAGCCAGCCUUGCCCUACCUGCCCGCCCGUGCCCACCUGCAGCCAUGGAGCGGGUCGGCGACGCGGCGGCCGCGUCCUGCGGCGGCGGCGGUGGCGGGCCUGGGCCCGGGGCCCCGGGGCCCUCGGCCGGCUGCUACACGUACCAGGUGAGCCGGCACAGCACGGACAUGCUGCACAACCUGAACCAGCAGCGCAAGAACGGCGGCCGCUUCUGCGACGUGCUGCUGCGCGUGGGCGACGAGAGCUUCCCGGCCCACCGCGCCGUGCUGGCGGCCUGCAGCGAGUACUUCGAGUCCGUGUUCAGCGCCCAGCCGGCGGACGGCGGCGCGCCCGGGGGCCCCGACGGCCCGCAGGAGGCGGCGGGCGGCGGCGCGGGCGGCGCGCCGGGGGCGGCGGGCGGCGGCGGCCCCAGCCGCGAGCUGGAGAUGCACACCAUCAGCUCCAAGGUCUUCGGGGACAUCCUGGACUUCGCCUACACGUCGCGCAUCGUGGUGCGCCUCGAGAGCUUCCCCGAGCUCAUGACGGCCGCCAAGUUCCUGCUCAUGCGCUCCGUCAUCGAGAUCUGCCAGGAGGUCAUCAAGCAGUCCAACGUGCAGAUCCUGGUGCCUCCUGCCCGCGCUGACCUCAUGCUCUUCCGGCCCCCGGGGGCCGCCGACCUGGGCUUCCCCCUGGACAUGACCAACGGGGCCGGCUUGGGGCCUGGUGGCAGCGGCAUCGCGGGCAGCGUGCCGCCCGACGACGAGGCGGCCCGGGCCGCAGGUGCCGCCGCCGCGGCCGGCCAGGCCGCACUGCCCGUGCUUCCGGGCGUGGACCGCCUGCCCAUGGUGGCCGGGCCCCUGUCCCCACAGCUGCUGGCCUCGCCCUUCCAGAACGUGGGUGGCGCUGCCCCACCCCUGAGCGGCAAGCGAGGCCGUGGCCGCCCGCGCAAGGCCAACCUGCUGGACUCGAUGAUGUUCGGGGCCCCCGGGGGCCUCCGCGAAGCCGGCAUCCUCCCGUGCGGCCUCUGCGGGAAGGUGUUCACCGACGCCGGCCGCCUACGGCAGCACGAGGCCCAGCACGGCGUCACCAGCCUGCAGCUGGGCUACAUAGACAUCCCCCCGCCACGCGUGGGCGAGAACGGGCUGCCCGUCCCCGAGGACCCCGACGGGCCGCGCAAGAGGAGCCGCACCCGCAAGCAGGUGGCCUGCGAGAUCUGCGGCAAGAUCUUCCGAGACGUGUACCACCUGAACCGGCACAAGCUCUCCCACUCUGGGGAGAAGCCCUACUCCUGCCCCGUGUGCGGCCUGCGCUUCAAGCGCAAAGACAGGAUGUCCUACCACGUCCGCUCCCACGACGGCUCCGUGGGCAAGCCCUACAUCUGCCAGAGCUGCGGCAAAGGCUUCUCCAGGCCAGAUCAUCUGAAUGGACACAUCAAGCAGGUGCACACGUCUGAGAGGCCUCACAAGUGUCAGACCUGUAACGCUUCCUUUGCCACCCGUGACCGCCUGCGCUCCCACCUGGCCUGCCACGAAGACAAGGUACCCUGCCAGGUGUGCGGGAAGUACUUGCGGGCGGCAUACAUGGCAGAUCACCUGAAGAAACACAGCGAAGGACCAAGCAACUUCUGCAGUAUCUGUAAUCGAGUGAAGGUUGAGUUGACCACUAAGAGUGAGAGUGAGCCCAGAGAUCCUCUGAAAACUUCUGUGGACAUCAGGGACAGUGCGACUCAGCAUUUGGAGGCACUGGACAUGAAGAAUUCCCUGGCUGUUCCGACCAUGUGGUGACCCAGCCCUGGAAGGACUUGGCACCUUGCAGGUGACCAAGUAUCAGCCUCGAGGAGGAUGUGUCCAGGCUGGGAGCUCUGGAGGUCCUGGCCCAUGGACGGAAGCUGACUCACAGCAAGAGGGGUUUCUUCAUUGAAGAAAAGGACCACAACAAAAUAUCGGUCCAAACUUGGCCCAUUUCCCAAUAGAUAGGUGUUUAGAUAGUUACAGGGCUGAGGUGAAAUGUGAAAUGCCUACUCAGAGGUCGAUCCUGUAAAGGGCUUUGUGUUCGAAUGAGAUGUAAGUAUCAGCGCCCCAGCAGAUUAUAACAAUAGCGAUUAGUUAACCGAUCUUAUUUUAACUUUGUUCUUGUCAAAUGUGGGUUUGUGACUGCUCUGUGUUUAGCAUUCAUCCCUUCUAUGUGUAGGAGGUAAAUACCUGUCCCAUACCUGAUUCGUAUUUGUAACUCUCCCCUUUUGAGGAAGCCCUAGACAUAAAAAUAAGCUUUAAAUAAUAUAUCCCUUGGGAUCCUAGGGUGGGAGGAUUAAUAAAACAAGAAGGAUUAGAAAUGGGAGCCUAACCCCUCUCAUUAGAAGUCAGGCUCUUCCAGGCCUGUACUUAGGCCAAAUCUCAUGUCUGUUUUCAGAAUAAAGGGGUCCCUUAUGAGGGAAAAAUGAGAAUCCCCCAAACCCUGUGGGCCCAGCAGGGGUUCCUGAAUGUUAGAUGUUGUUUUAGUAAUUAAUAUGUGUAUAUUUCCCCCAAUAUUGAACCAACUCUUCAUUCCUGGUAUAAAUCCAACCUGGUCAUAGUUUAUAAUCUUUUUAAUCUAUUGCUAUAGCUUCUGCUAAUAUUUUGUGCUCUAUUAGUUUUGAGUAGAUAUUCAUUAGAAAUAUUGAUCUAUGAUUUUAUUUCUCGGACAUCUCUUCCUGUUUGAGGUAUCAGGAUUGUCUCUUAGAAGGAAUUUGGUAGGGUGCUGUCUUUCACUCUUUUUUUGAAGUUUUGAGUUCUAAAUUCUCCCUCCCUGUUUUUGGCAAUUUGUGCAGAAUUUGAAUGAAUUAUUCUUUGAAUAUUUGAUAUAAUUUACUUCUAAAUCCAUCUGGUCCUAGGGUGUUUUUCCUUUGGGAGUUGAUUGAUAGCUUAUUCAAUUUCUCUUUUCUGAGAUUGGUUUAUUUAAUCUCUAUUUCUUAUUCUAAUCAUCUGAGUGCUUUAUAUUUUUUGUAAAUAUUUCUCCAUUUAAUUUUAGAUAUUUUUCCUGACCUAUAAUUCAGAAAAGUUGUUUCUAAUAAUUUUCAUUAUUUCUUUAUCAUUUGUUGUGAGUUCUCCUUUCUUAUCUUAGAUACUGGCAAUUUGAUUUCUCUCUCACACUCUCUCUUUCAUCAGAUUAACUAAAGGUUUGUCUGUUUUAUUAAUUGCCCCCCCAAAAAAAUCCCAUAUAGAUUUAUUUGACCAUUUCAGUAGUUUGUUUGUGUGUUCAAUUUUAUCUCAUCUUUGAUUUUAAGUAUUUCUAUUUUUGUAUUUAGUUGGGGUGUUACGAUUUUUUGCUUUUCUGGUUUAUUUAGUUGCAUGUGCAAUUCAUUGAUCUGAUCUUUCUCUCUUUUGUUAGUGAAAGCAUUUAGUAACAUAAUUUUUUCUUUAAGGACUGCUUUGGCUGCAUCCCAAAAGUCUUAGCAUGAUGUCUCUUUGUUACCCUUUAAUUAAUGAAAUUAAUCUAUUGUUUUUAUGGUUUGUUAGUUAACCCACCAAUUCUUUAAAAUUAAAUAAUUUACUUCCCAUUUUCAG